CCGGGUUUCUUCCUGCUUUCUCGCGAUCGGUUUGCUAUAAGAUGCAGACGACAAGAACAUGGACGCUUCUUACAACGUGAAUCGAUGAGCCUCAUACGACUUGUACAAUUUCUUCUAGUUGUGGUUUUGACAAUCGUACGGACCGUCUGCGGCGUUCCCGGGGUUUCCGUUGUCUCCAACACCCUACUUGAUCCUCAAGGCAUCUUCUUCGUCUCCUACGACGGGGUGGUUAAUGUGAACUCGUUCCAGCAGUCUGCCGUUAUUGCAUUCGGCAAUUUUCAGUAUGCUGCGUGGUAUACAGCCUCCGGUACUGCAGUCAUCGGACGAAGGACUCUUCCCUCUGGAUCAUGGACGACGCUUCAGUUGCCGCAUAAACUAUCCACCAGCGACAGUCACAACGUUAUCUCACUUGGAAUCUCGCCUUCGGACGGAGUUAUUCAUGUUGCGCUGGAUUGCCACAGCACGCAGCUGUACUACACCAGAUCCGAGGCAAACCUGGCCACUAGUGGAGCAAGUUGGGUUGCAAGUCGGUUUGGAACGAUCACCAACAAUCUAGGAAACUUAAAUAUAGGAAGUCAGAUAACCUACCCUCAAUUUGUCGUUACGCCAUCCAAUCUCUUGCAGUUCGUUUUUAGAACGGGAGUGUCCGGAAACGGAGCAACCCAGCUCGCUGAGUACAUUUCAGGUGCUUGGAACAAUGUCGGCUCGUGGGCCUCAGCAACUGGGACAUACACAGCGCCUAGUGGCGCAACAAGCACCUUGAGGAAUCUUUAUAUCCAUGGCUUCACCUACCAUGGUACUCGCGCAUAUGUCACGGGAACAUGGAGAGAGCAGAAUGGAGCGGUAGCUUGCAGCAGCUCGGGGUUGACGAAUCACGAUACUGUCUACUUUUACUCGGAUGACUCUGGCCGCACAUGGUUCAACACUGCCGGGACCAAAGUUGGUACCUCCGGUAGUAGUCCAAUAAAUGUCAACACCGCCGGCAUCAUUGUCGACUCGCUCAAUGCGGACCACGCCCUCAUGAAUCAGGAAUCGCAGACUGUCGAUUCAGCUGGCCGCAUCCAUUCAAUCAUCUCCUACGUUCCAGGCCGCUUUACCCAAUGCGUGCCAGACUACGAAACCGGCCGGCCGCAAUGGGCCCAUGCAUUCCACCUGUACCAAGCCGCCAACGGAAGCUUCAUCAAAUUCGAAAUCCCUUAUUAUAUCCAAUCUGUCGGACGCUCCCAAAUCGUGCUUGACUCGCAGGACAACGCUUAUGUGUUCAUGCCAUUCCUCCGCGUAGCCACCGCGAGCAAGUCGAGUGGGUAUACCGACUGGGCCAUGGCAUACAACGGGACUGCGGCUGGCCUUGAUGUCUUUGGUGAAGUUACGUUGGACAGGGCACGGGCAGGAAAUGGCUUGGUGUCAGUGCUUUAUCAGGUUUCCAGUACAGGAACGACACCGUCCUCAGUCCAUCUCGUCGAUUUCAAGCUUGGUGGCUGA